CUUUUGGGAGAGUGUGGAAAAACCUUCGCUUAUAAAAUUUUUAGAAUUUCGUUUACGCGAAGGCAAUUUAGGUGAUUCGAAAACGGAGCACCGCCGUUACAGUGAAGAACCAGAUACUAUCACAGAAUACUUAUCUGAUUCACCUCCGUCAUCAACUACCCUGUCAAAUGCUGUUUGGCAGUGGGAAAGAACCGCGUUUCUGUUGGUGAGCAUAAUGUUAGUUGGUGAACAUUAUGUUAGUGGGCUAGUGACAACAACUCACAAACUACCUUUUCUUACUUGUUCUACAGAUAAUUUUGUCAUUGUAAAUGUCGGCACGUCCAAUGUUAUUAAUAUUAUUAGAAUGAUAAAAAUUCCAAAAAGUAAAAGAUUUCUGGAAAUUGCACGAAGUUAUUCAAAGCGAGAACGUCUACGACAAAAGGACAAACUAGAUGAUCUGAAAGAUCAAAUCAGUGUUGAACAGCACUUGUUGGGCGAGACGAAUGCCGGAUCAAAAACCGGACAAAUACGAAAUCGUGUGAAACAUGAACCUGAUUCUGAUGAUCAGGAGGAAAAAUAUCAGCAAAGUUCACAACAGAAGAGGAAAUGUACCGAACCAGUUGUGGACGCUGAAAAUAAUCCGUUUUUAGGAUCUAAGAAUAAUUUAGACGGAGGGAAUGAAUCUGUUUUGUCUCUUUCGGAUACUGAAAUUGUGCUCAAUUUCCCAGCAAUAAUAAAUGAUGUCAUAGGACUAGAAUUGGGACCAUUGCCUCAAAAGAGUCCAGAUAAAGGCCUUUUUUGUGGAAAGCCAUACACAGCAGACAUUGUAUAUUUUCAAUUUUUUCAUUUACUAAG